UCAGAAGCAGUGCUGCUGCUUUCUGACCACAUCUCAGUGACACAGAUAUCCUAGUCGUCCUGGCUGCGGAUUGAUUACUGGGACUGACGCGUCGAUUGGAAGCCCUGCGGAGGGCUACAUCACAUCAUCAGGAGAGGAGAGGAGCUCCAGGUCAAGAGUGACGAUAGCGUUCAAUUACUUAGCUCUUUCUCCCUCGCCAGCGGAAAUUGAAAUACCUUGUUCGACAGCCGACGCUCCAUUGUCCCUUUGUCCAUUCGUACUUCUUUGCAGUCACCUCGACAGACUUGCCAGAGACAAGGCCGGAGAGGGGUCAUAGAGUAAGACCAAGACACAGCUGGUGGGGAGCCGGUUCUCGCCAAUCAGGGGGAAUCAACCUCGACCCUUCUACAUACCAAUCUCAGCAUCAUGGCCUACGCCUAUCCCUCGGAUCAUCCAAGCGCUUCAAGCAUUUCACUGCUUCCUAGAGGAAGUCCCGGGCAUGGUCCGGCUCACUCACAUGGUCAUGCUUCAACACCGCUGAGUCGAGGAAGCAGUAGGAAGGGGUCUGACGAUUUUGAUGUUCUUAACGAAGUCAAGGUCAAAAUCGAAGAAGACGAGACGUAUCUCCAAUUCUUCCAGGAUAGGAUAAAGCUGGAAGAAGAGUACAUUCUUGGCCUCAAUAGAUUGUACAAUCGUUUCAAAGCCAUCGACACGCUGCAUGAGGACGCUUUCAGAAGGGAGGAGAAGGCUACGAUUCGACGGGCAUGGGACGAAGUGAGAGAUUAUACGCAGAGGGAGAUGCAAUCUAGAGAAGCCAUGGUCGGUGCUAUGAGAGAGGGAGUCGUGAGGGAUCUCUUGAGAUUGAGGGACGAGCAAUCCCGGAUCCGUCAAGGGCUCAAGGAUAGUAUUAGGAAGUCUAACGAAAUGUACGACGAUUAUUCUCGAAACACACUAGCCAAACUCAAACGGAACUACUGGCAAAAGUGUCAAGCUUUAGAGGACCAUAAACGACAAGAGCACGCCAUCGCGAUGCAAGCAAAACUACUCGCAGAUUCUGCAAACACCUCACCGGGAGGUACACCACUUCGCGAACAUCCCAAUGCCAUGUCUUUCCCCAUCUCAGCUUUCUCACCCCCUACCCAAUCUGCUCCUCUGCCUCCCUCCUCCAACCCCGCCAUGCCUGAGGUCUCCUUCGAUCCGUCAACCAAGGAGUCUGAACGCGCUGCUCCCGAGAAGCGCUCAGGCCGGCUGCGUGCAGGUUCAGGGUCUGGCCUCACUGGAUCCGUUGACAUAAAGGGGAAGGAAAUGUUGAAUGAUCUGGCCCAACAGUCGAAAAAGGGAUUCAAAGCUAUGAUGGAGAAAUUUGGGGGAGACCGAGAUCACCGAUCGAACGAAGAUGGGUUUGUGGUGAUCCCUCCGGGUGGAGAGGAUCUCACGACAAUCGGCGGAGGAGGAGGAGGUGUGAGUGCAUCUGGCGGAUCAGGUCUGCAGCGGAGAGGUACUGGCGCUAGAGGAGAUCCGACGAGAGGCAUGGGGACGCUGAGAGGAGUGAAAGUGAAGCGAGAGGCGGAUGAAGCGGACAAGGCGUACAGGACUGGAGUGUUCCACCUCGAAUCCCUCAGACUGCAGAGGGAGAAAAUUCACACGUCCGGCAUCAGGAACCUUGAAGACUUUAAUGAUGAUCUCAACAAACGCCUGUUGAACUCUUUCGAGGCUUAUAUCGAUGCGAUUCAAGGGACAGCAGCUACCAACGCACAAGGGACAGAGAUCGUCCGACAGACAAUCGCAAAGGUCAACUUGGAUAGGGACACUUCUCUGUUCAGGACCCGUCUGAAGGCUGUCGAUGUACAACGGACCAUGCCUGUGCCAUAUCACAAUUACUAUGUCGGUGAAUGUCGGUCGUUGAUCUUUGGAGUCAGCCUCACAGACUACGAUUUCGCCCGUGGCGACGGAAGUGAUCAUGGCAGACCGCCUAUCAUUGUCGAGAAGUGCAUUGCAGCGAUUGAUGAGCGUGGUCUGGACGCCGAAGGGAUUUACCGGAUCAGUGGACGUCAUGCUGCUGUGCAAAAGAUGAUUCAAGAUAUCGAGCUGGACGAGAACAAGCAUUUCUUUGACGAGCACGAGGACAUCUACGCAAUCUCCAACGUCCUCAAGCAAUAUCUAAGAGAACUCCCGGAACCCAUAUUCCAUCUCACUCAAUCUGAGCGAAUGAAGUAUAUGGAGAAUCGAGACUCUCACAUUGCCACCAAGUUUGGCGCUUUCAGGGCCAAGCUCAGACGGAUGGCACCUAUCCAUCAGACCACUUUCCAAGCUUUGAUCGAGCAUUUAAAGCGUGUAGCGGAUAAUUCUGCAGAGAACAAGAUGGAUGCGAAGAACCUCCAAGUGGUCUUCAAUACCGUCAUCUUUGGUCAGGAUCAGCUGCCGCCAGAUGGCAAUGUCUUGGCUAUGCACUUGGAGAAGGAGACAUUCCUCGAGGAUAUCAUAUCCCACGCCGACGUUCUCUUCAGCUCCGAGGAGCCCACCCUACCACCCUCAUCGCUCUCUUCUGGCUCGACCAUCGCACAGCGCGGCAAUGUUCACCAGCCUGCCGAUGUUAUCAGCGACAUUCCCGGUAGCUCGAGAACCAGAAUCCAAAUUACCAAAUCUGGAGGGAAGAGCAAGCCCACCUCGCCUCAGGUCGUGCCUCAAUCUCCAUUCUUCGAGGGUGAACAACCUGUCAUGCCCGAACCGACUUUCACACCGGAUGGGGAGCUCGAGUUAUUGUUCGACCCAACGCUCAUACCUCAGAGUCUGCGAGAUGCCAUUGGCGAUGCUUACCACGUCAGACCCCUUGCCUCGACUGACCUCAUGCGAUCCCACUUUGGUCUCUUGCAGACGUUGACGCAGGCCCCUCCACUCGCCCCGAGCGUCUACAAAGCUCUCUUUAAACAUCUGGUAGCGUGUCCCGAAACGUACUUUAUCAUUGUCCUGGUGGACCAAGUGACGGAUCAAUUGGUCGCUCAUGGAACAUUGAUCUUGGAACGCAAAUACAUUCAUGGAGGUAGUGCGACAGGCCAUUUAGAAGAUAUCGUUGUCAGUCCCAAUGUGCGCGGAGGAGGGAUCGGGCAAAAAUUGGUUGUGGGUUUGAAGGAAUUGGCGAUGGCUCGCGGGGCAUACAGGGUGAACCUGGGUUGCAGCCAGGACAAGAUACCCUUCUACGAGAAGUGCGGAUUCUACCCUCGCUCUACCCAGAUGGCUGCUUUUGCCCGAGCAUCCGACGCAGAAUCCAACGUUUCACCAGGACCACCAGGUGCUGUCCCACAACCAUUGACGUCCACUGGCCUUAAAAGCCCCAUAAUACGCCUCCAGACGACUCAGCCUCACCUCGCUUCUUCCCACCUGGCACCUCACGCCAUGCUUGCCGCUGGACCAGUCAUUGACUUGUCCAUCUCACCUGACCCAUCGGUGUUGACGCCUACGGAAUUAGGGGGCGAUACGGAGCCUUCUGAAUUUGGAGGAGCUGGGUCUACAUACCUUCGUCCCGAAUCCCAGCAGAGCAGUCAUAGUCACACGGCUUCGUCGGAGAGCGGUGUGACGGGUGUGACUUAUCAUUACCCUACGAGUGAGGGGCGGACAGGGACUGGACCGGGAGGCUCAACUGCUGAGGGUGAGGGUGAGGGUAAGGGCGGAGUCGAGGACAAGGUAGAAUCCGGUCCGCAAGUAAUUCAGCUGUAAGACGGGCCCAAGUGUGCUGGACCCUUUGGGAGAACGGAGAGUGAAAGCUAUAUUUGGAGAGGCCACGGCGGCAACGAUGGCAGAUCAUAAUGAUUAUAACGCUGCGUCUUGA